AUGUGCUCGCAGUAUGGCCAGUUUGUGCUGGAUGGGGGCGCAUCAGACUUCAUCACCAAACUCAAAGCCGAUGACAACUUUGUCGACAACGAGGGUUCCACCUGGAAUGCCGCGCAGGAGGAAACCUUUCUCUACAAUCUCGCUCGGGGAUUCUACAAGACCGAGGUCGAGGUCUACGACAUCUUGAACGACCCGCAAAGCAAGGGCAUCCCUCGACUCUUUGCGUGUGUCACAAUGCGCGACUCCCUUUUCCUCCCACAGCCUGCCUCUAUCAGCGAGUAUUUCGAAAUCCCUGGUAUUCUGCUGCAGUAUAUCAAAGGGUUUCCGUUGACCGAGUCGCUACUCAUGCUCCACGCGAGAGCUGGCAGCCGCUCUGCGAAGAAGCCAUUCUAA